CAUAAGCAGCGGAGCUGAGAUUAACUCGCAACAACCAGAAACAAGCGACAAGGAAAGUUUAUCAUUCCCAGAACCUGCAACAAAAUGAAGACGCUUCACCAUCGGUUGUUAAGCAUUCUGUUUGUUUUCAGCAGCUUGCAAAUCAGCCAGCUUACAGAAGCUUGUUCUUGCGCGCCGUCACAUCCACAAGAUGCGUACUGCAACUCUGACAUAGUGAUCCGGGCCAAAGUGGUGGGCAAAAAGCUAUUGAAGGAUGGGCCUUUUGGCACCAUGCGCUACACUGUCAAACAGAUGAAGAUGUACAAGGGAUUCAACAAGAUGCUGCAUGUUCAGCACAUCUACACAGAUGCCUCCGAGAGUUUGUGCGGAGUCAAAUUUGACAUCAACAAAUACCAGUACCUGAUCACAGGUCGUGUAUAUGAUGGCAAGGUCUACACAGGGCUGUGCAACUUUAACGAGCGAUGGGAACGUCUCUCUCUGGCGCAGAAGAAAGGCAUCAACCACCGCUACCAACUGGGUUGCAAUUGCAGGAUUAAACCCUGUCACUACCUGCCCUGCUUUGUGACAUCAAAGAACGAGUGCCUGUGGACGGACAUGCUGUCCCACUUCGGCUACCCCGGUUACCAGUCCCGGCACUACGCCUGCAUUCAGCAGAAGGAGGGCUACUGUAGCUGGUACCGGGGCAUGACCACACGUGACAAAACCACCAUAAACACCACCGACCCUUGA